CCUGCCAGGGACAAGCCCCCCCCAGUGCCCUCCAACCGCCAGGCAGAGCUGUGGCCAUCCCGGCCCAUCCCCAAGGCUCCACCUGUAGCUGUCAGCCCCGGCGACCCCUGGGCGGGGAGAGAGCUGUCCAACAGGCACUCCCUGCCCUUCUCCUUGCCCUCCCAGAUGGACUCCAGGGCUGAGAGCCAUCGGCUUGGGAGCACUCUCCCCUUAGGCGAAUUUUUAGGGAGCUCCAACAGUGGUGCAACAGCAACCUCAGAGUGUGAACACCCCAAAAUCAAACCCUCCUCAUCUGCCAAUGCCAUUUACUCCUUAGCUGCCAGACCACUGCCUGUACCAAAACUGCCUCCUGGGGAGCAGUCUGAGAGCGACGAGGACACCGAGUACAUGUCACCAUCCUCCCUGCCUGUGGUGCCUCCAGGUCCUGCUGUACAAAAACCAGAGCUCAAAAUGCCUUUGGAAAUGCCUCAGAGUUCACGAGGUCUGGACUGUGAGCAGCAGCCAGAGGGUUCCAUGUAUGAAGCAAUGUACAACAUCCACUCCCAAGCAGCAUCCUCUACUUUUGAGGCUGUCAACACUUCUGACACGGAGGAUCUGCUCAGUCCCAGAGCUCAGCAUGUGCCUCCUGUUGUAGGGGCAGCAGCCACUGCCAGCAACGGCCCCGAGGAGUCAGAAAAUGAAGAGGAUGGCUACGACGUCCCCAAACCACCGCUCCCAGUCGCCACUGCUCGUCGCACACUGUCCGAUAUCUCCAACGCCACUCCUGCCUUCAGCCGAAUGUCCCUGGAGAACGACCCUGUCACAGGUUUUUCAGACGGCUCCCAAGUCCCGGAGAGGCCUCCGAAGCCGCUGCCACGCCGGAUCAACUCGGAGCGGAAGGCCGGGAGCUGCCAGGCGGGAGCUGCCAGCGCUGGGGCCAGCACCUCCCUGCAGCUCUCCAGCGAGAUCGAGAACCUCAUGAGCCAAGGCUACUCAUAUCAGGACAUUCAGAAAGCACUGCUCAUUGCACAUAACAAUAUCGAGAUGGCCAAAAACAUCCUGCGGGAGUUCGUGUCCAUCUCCUCCCCCGCGCACGUGGCCACAUAG